AUGUCAAACUCGGACGAUAUCAUAACCACCUCCAACGGUCUAGGCUACACCUCAAACUCAGCCGCUCACCCUGAGAGCCUGGUGAAACCACCCAUGGCACCUACUGCAGGCGAAGAUACGAUAGAGAUCAAGAUUGAGUUUGGCGGCGGUCUACAUCUUUUAUUCUCUUCGCAACCUAGUCAUAAGAUAAAUAUACCUCGUAAUAUACCCAACUCAGAGGAUGGUCAACCUCAACCGGUGAAUAUGAGAUAUUUGGUCAAAUGGAUGAAAAAUAAUUUGUUGAGUGAGAGGGAAGAGAUGUUUGGUGAUGGUGAUGGAGUUCGACCAGGUAUAUUGGUUUUGAUAAACGAUGCAGACUGGGAACUUGAAGGUGAAUUAGAGUAUGAGUUGAGGGAUAGGGAUGAGGUCGUCUUCAUAUCGACUUUACACGGUGGAUAA